CGCACUUCUACCGAAAAACCCUAGCAGCCCCCCCUCCCCCUGCAUGGCACCGCUGCCCAUCCCUACCACCACCGUGCAAAGCCUGGAAAAUGAUAUGGCCACUGACAGCGCCGCCGUUCCCCUUCCCGCCGUAAUGAAGGCUCCGAUCCGUCCUGAUGUGGUCACCUACGUCCACUCCAACAUUUCCAAAAACGCCCGGCAACCUUAUGCAGUGUCGAGGAAAGCCGGUCACCAGACCUCUGCUGAGUCAUGGGGUACCGGACGUGCUGUGUCACGUAUCCCUCGUGUUCCCGGUGGUGGUACUCACCGUGCCGGACAGGGAGCUUUCGGUAACAUGUGUCGUGGUGGACGGAUGUUCGCUCCGACGCAGAUCUGGCGCCGAUGGCAUAGGAAGAUCCCUGUUAACCAAAAAAGGUAUGCUGUUGCUUCAGCUAUUGCUGCAUCUUCCGUUCCUUCAUUGGUUCUCGCUCGUGGUCACCGUAUUGAAUCGGUCCCUGAGCUACCUCUCGUUAUUUCCGAUUCAAUUGAGGGUAUUGAGAAGACUAGCAACGCUAUAAAAGCUUUGAAGCAAAUUGGUGCUUACCCAGAUGCUGAGAAGGCCAAGGACAGCCAUGCUAUUCGCCAAGGAAAGGGAAAAAUGCGUAACCGUCGUUACAUUUCCCGAAAAGGUCCAUUGAUUGUGUAUGGAACUGAAGGAGCUAAGCUCGUGAAGGCAUUCAGGAACAUUCCUGGUGUUGAAAUCUGCCAUGUUGAUCGUUUGAAUCUGCUCAAGCUUGCUCCAGGUGGUCACCUUGGUAGGUUUAUUAUCUGGACCAAAUGUGCUUAUGAGAAAUUGGAUGGCAUUUAUGGUACAUUCGAUAAGCCAUCACUGAAGAAGAAGGGAUAUUUGUUGCCAAGGCCAAAGAUGGUGAAUGCUGAUCUUGCCAGGAUUAUCAAUUCUGAUGAGGUGCAGUCUGUUGUUAGACCAAUCAAGAAGGAUGUUAACAAGAGGGCAACUUUGAAGAAGAAUCCAUUGAAGAACCUGAACGUAUUGCUGAAGCUCAAUCCUUAUGCAAAGACUGCCAGGAGGAUGUCCCUUUUGGCCGAGGCACAGCGUGUCAAGGCCAAGAAGGAGAAGCUCGACAAGAAGAGACAUCAAAUUACAAAGGAGGAGGCAUCAGCAAUCAGGGGUGCAAGUCAUUCGUGGUACAAGACCAUGAUCUCAGAUUCCGAUUAUGCAGAGUUCGACAACUUCACAAAGUGGCUCGGAGUUUCUCAGUAAAGGGACUUUUCUUUUAUGAACUCAUGUUAGAAAGCUUUUUGUUUAGUCUGCUGUUUUGUUCUACUUUGCUGGCCCAAGACAUGAAAGAUAUUGAGUGGGAGGAAAUCCACGGGCUCGUUGCCUGGCUUUUCCUUGCCUACAUUUUGAGUUUUAAUUUUAGCUGGAGUAUUACUCUACAUGGUAUGGAAUUAAGGAUUUUUAUGGAGUA